AUGCCAAUGACUGCAUCCUCCUUUUCGGAUACGAUGCUCUAUGGAGAGCAUGUACGGAUAAGCGUCGCUGCUAGCCAGGGUGGCAGAAGGUAUAUGGAGGAUCGAGUACACAUCGAAUGUGUUCGACUUCCCAGUGGCGCUGUCGAUUACCUUUACUUUGCUGUUUAUGAUGGUCAUGGUGGUUCAGAAGCCAGUGACUAUGUCCGGAAGCAUCUCCUGAAGAACAUUCAAUCACAGUAUGGUUUUGACGGUAAUGAUGAACAAAUGCUGGAUGCUAUAAAAAAAGGUUUUGUGGAGACGCAUCUUGCAAUGUGGAAAGUUGUCGACGAUUGGCCUCUCACUUCCUCAGGUUACACCAGCACGGCAGGUACCACUGCUAGUUGUACUUUUAUUCGACGUGGAAAAAUAUUCACUGGGCAUGUUGGUGACUCUGCUGUAAUUCUAGGAGAAAUGAAUAAUGACGAAGUAAGAGCUAGUAGCUUGACAGUUGAUCAUAAGCCCGACAAUUCUCUGGAAGUGCAACGUAUAAAUAGUGCUGGUGGAAUGGUGAUGAAGAAAUCAGGCGUCACACGCGUUGUUUGGACGAGACCUAUUCGAGGUCAUGUUGGACCUGUGCGCAGGUCUACACCAACCGAAAGUAUUGCUUUUCUUGCUGUUGCUCGUGCUUUAGGUGAUUUAUGGUCAUAUAAUCGAGAAACGAAACAAUUUAUUGUAAGUCCUGAACCAGAUGUUGCUGCAUAUGAUCUAAAUGAUAACAGUUUAUGUUUGGUGCUUGGCUCAGAUGGACUAACCAAUGUUUUAAAACCACAACAAAUUGUCGAUAUUGUGAUGCAUUAUGAGAAAGUAUCACGUGAUAAACAUGGCAGGUUGCCCAAUCAUUCUCGUUGGAUAUUGCGUCAUGCAUUAGAAGGUUGGGGAGCAUCUCGUGCUGAUAACAUAUCAGUUAUAUCAGUAUUUUUCGAUAAAAAGAAUAUAGAUGUUAACAACACAUCGGUUUUGGCUGAUGACAUUAAUUUGUGUCUAGACAGAGCACUUACAGAUUUUGGAAAUUCAACGGUCAUGUUAGGACCAAAGUAUUGUAAACAGCUGAAAACAUUGGACGUCGAUUUAUAUUAUUCGGGCAUCGUGGAUCCCAAUUUUACUACAGAAAUCGCCUACAAUGGACCUGGUUAUGCUCGUGAUAUUAGACGUCCGCUUACCCUCGUACAAUUCUCAGAUAUGCCAGUAAUGCCGUUGCAUUCCUUAGAUCGUGUCUCAUCCAUACAUCAUUUAAAUGAAUUAUUUGCCACGAAUAAUAAAGUUAAAGUAUUGCCAGCUGGAUGUGUUGCUGGAGUAUUGUUGGAUGGAAUGGAUGAAUUAUACGAGAGCUUUAUAGAUGAAGGUAUUCUAUAUCCUUGUGAUGGAGUAGCACGGGAAGAGACAAUCGAGAGUGUUCAUAGUAAUGGAGACGAUAAUAUAGAAGCAGAAAAAAUGUGUGGAGAGAAUUCGAAAGCAAACACUAACGUGUAUGAUGUUAAGACUUCUUUGAGUACGUCAAGUGCAAAAUAUCCUUCUACUAGUUCAAGCAUGAACAACGUUGAACAUUACAAUAUAUCUUCAUCGUUCUCAAGCACGAAAUCUCUGUUUUCUUCUCUCGCAUCAAGUUCUUAUUCAAAAACAAUAAAACCAAGGACGGUACUUAAGGCAAGCCGAAGGAAACAAGCAGUCUAUUCAAAAUCUGUGAAAGAAGAUACCAUGUCAAGUGUUGGUAGUGAUAAUAAUGUUAGUGAGGACUGUUUCGAUAAUAGUCAGUUUUCAUCGACCAACCGUUGCCAUGAUUUUGAAGGUCUUGCAGUUUCGCAGCGUCCCAGUGGUAGCGCUUCGGCCUUGUCACCUUCCUUGAUGUUAGAGGCUUUGCGAAUCACGAAUCAGUUAUUCGAGCAUGAUCCUUUUGCACGUGAUCUCAUUCUUUCUAGACGGCGGCCGUUUGCUCGUCGUCGUCUAUCCUCGUCAUCUCUGGAACCAUUUAAAAAAAAACUUAAAGUUUCUAUGGAAAGCCGUACAGAUCCUGUUUAUGACUCUUCCAUAAGAAAUGUUGGAAACUUGGAACAAAAUGUUGCCAACGCUAAUAAAGUUGAAGAAUGCACAGCACCAACCACUAGUAAAUUUCGCAUGUGGGACUUCUUUUCUAGUUUGUUGGGAACUCGUGCAAACAAAAAAUGA